AUGUCAAACGGUGAUUUCGUUCAUGACGCGGUGGAGCUCAUCAAAGCUCGGGUUGGGCUACCAAGUGAGAACCCUACCACCGCAGCCUGGCAAAAUCCACCGCAUCCAACAGUGUCGAGCGCCCAAUCCCAUGCAUUACCAGCGGAAUCCGAUGUGAUCAUUAUUGGUUCGGGCAUCACAGGCAUCGGUGCUGCGCACUGCCUUUUGAAUCAUCGAAACGGCACAGAUCUUAAGGUUGUUAUGCUGGAAGCCCGAACAGCAGUCAGCGGGGCAACGGGCCGUAACGGAGGCCAUCUCGUCUCUGAUAGUGAUUCUUUAUUUCCAGCUCUCGUCAAAAGUGUCGGUGUCGAGCGUGCCACAGAGACGGUGCGGUUUAGCGAAGCGAAUAUUCGUCGUCUCAAAGCUCUUGUAGCUCAACUUAGUCCGGCGGAUCAAGAGGCAGUUGAGUAUCGUGAGCUCAUGACGGUGACAGCUUAUACAGAUCAAGACUCUUUUAAAACGGCUGUAGAAGAUGUUCGUCAACUUGUGAAGGCUGUGCCAGAUGGCGAGCUGAAGUACAAGAUAUUUGGCAAAGAGCAAGCUGCCAAUGUCUUCAACUUCACCAAUGUCACUGGCGCAGUAGCGCAAACCGGUGUUGCUGCAUUGUGGCCUUAUAGACUUCUCACAACUGUUCUGGAGUCACUGAGAAAGGAAUUUUCGGGUCGAUUUGUUCUGGAGACGAACACACCUGCUCUAUCAGUUCAACAACGAAAAGACUCAGCAGAACCAUACCCUUAUGUGGUUCGAACACCUCGAGGAUCUAUUCGCACCAGGCAUGUCAUUCACUGUACAAAUGGUUACUCAGGCCAUUUGAUCCCAGGACUCGUUGGAAGUCUUUACCCAUUGCGAGGAACAAUGUCGACACAGAAGCUGGGACCAAGCUUUUCAAAUGUUGGUGACAAGGUAUCUUGGUCUCAAGUCUCUCAUGGAUCAUACGAUGCAAAGACUGGGCACAUCAAUCUCGGUUUGUACUAUGCUCAGCAGAAUGUCAAAACAGGAAUCAUGUUUCUCGGCGGUGAGUCGCAGAAACUGGCCACCCUGCUGACCAGUGACGAUUCCACAGUUGCGGAGGAUGCCCGAGAGAGUUUAAGUUCUGCAGCUCCCAAAAUCUGGAGAAAUGCAGCUCCUACCGAAACACUUGAGGUGUGGUCAGGAAUAAUGGGGUUUACAGCAGAUGGGUUGCCCGUGGUGGGAAAUCUCCCCCACAGUCUUACAGGUAGAACUGGGAACGGCGAGUGGAUUGCCGCAGGCUUCAAUGGCCACGGUAUGGACAAGUGCUGGCUCACUGGUGAAGCUAUUGCCAGGAUGGUUAUUGGAGAGCAGAAUGUUCCAGGUUUUCCAAAGGCGUAUCUUCUCAGUGAGGACAGAGUCAAAUCUUGGUCACCAGAAAAUGCAGCCAUAACUCUGAUGGACCAUAUCAUUGUUGGAAGCGCAACUCCAGCAAGCCGUCUUUAG